AUGGCUAAUCCAUUUAUUCUUUUUCAUCACAAAUUAAAGAAGGUGAAAGUUGCUCUAGUUCAAUGGAGUUUUCACACCUCUGGCAAUAUUUUUUUGGAGAUUAAAACUUUGGAAGGUGUCAUCAAGGUACAUGAGGUGCAGUUUGAGAUCAUGCCAACACCAAUGCCCACAUUGGAGGAAGUGAAGGAAGAGGUGUUUAAAUUAAUGGUGAAAGUGUUGCAGGGCCAGAUGGUUUCACCGGUAAGUUUUAUCAAUCUUGUUGGGAAAUCAUUAAGGAAGAUAUUUAUAACAUGGAGUAUAGUGGAGAAUAUUAUUUUAACUCAAGAAAUUAUAUCUGAAAUCAGACUAAGGGCCAAAGAAGCAAAUAUUGUUAAGAAGUUGGAUAUGGAAAAGGCCUAUGAUAGGGUUUCCUGGUUAUUUUUUACAAAGGUGCUUAGAAAGAUAGGCUUUUCUGAGGCACUAAUUGAUAUGAUUUAUAGAAUAGUUGGUAACAAUUGGUAUUCAGUGCUGGUAAAUGGCCAACAACAUGGUUUCUUCCAAUCUUCUAGGGGAGUAAAACAAGGGGAUCCUCUAUCUCCUACUUUGUUCAUAAUAGCAGCAAAAGUGUUAUCCAGAAACUUGAAUCAUCUUCAUGUAGUUCCGGAGUUCAAGGGUUUUGGAAUGCCUAAGUGGAGGCCUAAGAUCAAUCAUCUAGCUUAUGCAGAUGAUAUAAUUAUUUUUACAUCAGCAGAUGUUCCAUUUAUGUUACUGAUAAUGGAGAUUCUUGGAAACUAUGAGAAGACAUCUGGACGGAAAAUAAACAAGGAGAAGAGUGUAGUUUAUAUGCACGAAAAUGUUUCAGCAGAGAUUAGCAUUACAGUUAAGAUUGUGACCGGUAUAGUUAGGAAAGAUUUCCCAUUUGGUUGGAAAGGCAAGAUGCUAUCAGUAGGAGGAAGGGAAAUUCUGAUUAAACAUGUUCUACAAAGCAUGCCAAUGCAUUUAUUAUCUACAGUAAACCCCCCUGAUGGAGUUAUCAGACAGAUGCAUAAGAUGUUUGCUCAGUUUUUCUGGAGUAAUACAAUUGGGGGAAAGAGUAGACAUUGGGUAGCUUGGACCAAAAUGUGUAUACCUACAGCUGAAGAAGGAUUGGGAUUUAGAUCACUCCAUGAUGUAUCUUUGUCUUUGUACUGUAAAUUAUGGUGGAACUUUAGACCAAAAGCAUCAUUGUGGAGUGCUUUUUUAACCAAUAAGUACUAUAGGAAGGAAAAUGUUGUGAUUAUACCAUGGAAAUAUGGUUCACAAAAUUGGAAGAAGAUGUUGAUGGCAAGAGAUAUGGUAGAGAAUCAAAUCUGGUGGCAGAUCAAGCAAGGAAAUUCAUUGUUUUGGUAUGAUAAAUGGACUGGCAUGGGAGCUUUAUAUUUCAUGUGUGAAGAAGAUAACCGGGAUCCCAAUGUUCAAAAUGUAUAUGAUUUGGUGGAAAAUGGCACUUGGAAUUUAGUUAAAUUAAGAGAGAUGAUACCAGAAGACAUAGUGCAACAUAUCAUGGAUAAUAUUAUGCCACCAGUUGAAGAUAAAGAGGAGGAUAAACCAUGGUGUUUGUUGAGUACUAAUGGUGAGUUUUCUGUCAAAUCAGCUUGGGAGUUUGUGAGGUUGAGGGGACAAGAAAUGGACAAACUUCCUCUGGAUGAUGUGCUAAGGAAAAUGGGAUACAACUUGGUGUCCCAAUGUAUAAACAUGGAAGGUUUACAACUACAACAGCUGAUAUUGACGUGGUGGAUGGCACCUGUCUCUGGAACUCUAAAGGAAAUAUUUAGAGAAGUGUCAUCUAUUAUCAUAUGGGAACUCUGGAAGAGAAGAAAUUGUAUCAAACAUAGAGAAACAAGAUCUGAAGGAAGAGUAAUAUGUCAGGUGUAUUCAACUAUACAGAAAAUUGUGCAAUUGUGGAAUCCUUCACUCCAUAAUAUACCAAACAAGUGGGGAGAAUUGAUAAGGCUAAUGGAAUCAAAGAGGGCAAAACUAAAGAUCACUAAAGUUCUUUGGGAUUUUCCUCCAACUGGUUGGAUCAUAUGUAACACAGAUGGGGCAUCUAGAGGAAAUCCAGGUAUUAGUUCCCAUGCUUUCUGUCUAAGGGAUGAAUUAGGAGAUUUAUAA